CGCAUGCGAUCGAGGUGAGUAAUCAAGAUGAAUCUCGCAUUCCGUCGACGAGAAUACGACACGGGCGAAUGCGCUCGGAGACUCUAAAUAGGCGAACAAGCAACAAGUGGGAGAGGAGAGAGAGAGGGAAAGAGAGAAAGAGUGCUGGGGAGGUUUGCACCUACAACGCAACAGCUUUUUCUCGCGCACGACGAGGCACAAAACCGACAGUUACCCGCCAUGGAAAGCCUCGAUUAUCGGCCCCAAGACGCUUCGGUUGACAAAGGACGGCCCCAGCCAAUCAGCGAGCGCGGAUUUGAGAACGUCACCUCUCUACAACGCGACAACGACGUCAAAUGCCUCGGCUGACUCCCCUCAGACCGACUGAGCCCCGGAACUUGCGCUUUUAGAGCGCGGAACGCCCCCAUCUGUUUUUCUAAACGAUCGUUAUAUCAACAUUCUAGACAGACUCCAGACUGCCCGUCUUCCGUCUUCCUCGACUCUCACGCGACCUUUCUCGCCCAUCUCGUUACCUUGGCCGCAACACCCCAACCCGCUCGCAAACGCUGCGACUUCCAGCCUAGCGCACCGCACCCACACGCGAUCUCAAUCCCCUCCGCCAAUAAGACCCAAUCAGACUAGAAAGAUGUCGAAGCAGAUCUCCGCCAAGGACGUCGCCGCGCACAACAAGCAGGACACGGGCCUGUGGAUCAUCAUCGACGACGGUGUGUACGACGUGACAAACUUCGUGGACGAGCACCCAGGCGGCGCGAAGAUCCUCAAGAGAACCGCAGGCAAGGACGCAACCAAGCAGUUCUGGAAGUACCACGGUGAUCAGGUGCUGAAGAAGUACGGCCCGAAGCUCAAGAUCGGAACGCUGCAGGCGGAAUCUAAGCUAUGAAACGGGGUCGCUGUCCCGUGAGGAUUGGGUUUUUGACCUUCGUUUCCGUCACCGCGCGGAGGCACGGACGGGGGCACAAUCUUUUUUUUUCCAUGAUGGGCUGAGUGAUUUGGAUGGCUCCUCACCUCCAUUGUACAGCUGUAGACAUACGGCGCGAUAGAAAUAGGCAUAGCGAAUCAAUUUGCUCAACAUCAUACUAA